UUUUAAAGGUUUUUCCCGUGACAAAACAAUGAAACCGAACGUAAUUUACAAGUGACAGCUUCAUUCCCCAAGCGAUUUUGAACAUCAUCGCUUUUUCUUCUUGUUCUCUGCAUAGCCUGUUGCUCCUUCUCUAAUGGGGUCCCUUUUUUCUCUUUGUAACGAGGACGCUUCCUUAUAAAGCUGAAAGCUUUUUUAGAGAUUGAAGAAUGGGCCUGAGCAGACCUCACAAGGCUGGCAAUGGGUUCUCCACCAGAUGGGUUGCCAUCUUCUGCAUCGCCAGCUUCUUCUUGGGUGUUCUUGUUAUCAACAGGUUUUGGGCUAUUCCUGAUCCAGCUAAAAUGGACGAGGAGGCUUUAUCAGUGGAGAAACAUCAACAAAGAACUUUGCAUCCCAUAGACAAUUGUGAGAAGAAGGAUACUUCUGUUGGGGCAGGCGACAUCCUUUCUCAAGUUUCACAAACACAUGAUGUAAUCAUGACAUUAGAUAAAACAAUUUCCUCGUUAGAGAUGCAGCUAGCUGCUACUAGAGCUGCCAAAGUUGAUGAUGAGGAGGAAUCUCCGAUGGGUACAAAAUCAGGAAGUGAAAGAUUAAAGGAGCGUCAGAAGGUUUUCUUUGUUAUGGGAAUCAUCACUGCGUUCAGCAGCAGAAAGCGAAGAGAGUCAAUCAGAGAGACAUGGAUGCCCCGAGGAGAGGAGUUAAGGAAGUUGGAAACAGAGAAGGGAAUUAUAAUACGUUUUGUUAUAGGACACAGUGCAACUCCAGGUGGUGUAUUGGAUCGUGCUAUUGAUGCAGAAGAUGAACAACAUAACGACUUCUUACGACUGAAUCAUAUUGAAGGAUAUCAUGAAUUGUCCUCAAAAACUCAAAUAUACUUUUCAACAGCUGUUGCUAAGUGGGAUGCUGACUUCUAUAUAAAAGUUGAUGAUGAUGUGCACAUAAAUCUUGGUAUGGUUGGAUCUACCUUGGCUCGCCAUAGAUCAAAACCACGGGUUUAUCUUGGUUGUAUGAAGUCUGGACCUGUCCUGGCACAGAAAGGAAUCAAAUACCAUGAACCCGAGUACUGGAAAUUUGGUGAAGAGGGAAAUAAAUACUUUAGGCAUGCAACGGGUCAAAUCUAUGCUAUCUCCAAAGAUUUGGCCACUUAUAUUUCAGUGAAUCGGCACAUACUUCAUAAAUAUGCAAAUGAAGACGUCUCUCUGGGUUCUUGGUUUAUUGGUCUUGAUGUUGAGCACAUCGAUGAUAGGAGCCUCUGCUGUGGGACAGCCCCAGAUUGUGAGUGGAAGGCUCAAGCAGGAAAUCCUUGUGCUGCAUCAUUUGACUGGAGCUGUAGUGGCAUUUGCAAGUCAGUGGAAAGAAUGGAGGAGGUGCACCAGCGCUGUGGAGAGGGUGAUGAAGCUAUCUGGCACACCAGCUUCUGAAACAUCUCUCUAUGGGUUGUAAUAUAUGUGUAUGUGCAUGUGGUGAAAAGGGUGGUUUAGACACAAUUUUUCUGCCCGAUUUUUGUCCAUUAAUGCCUCGGGACAGUUGGUAUAUGAUUAAUUUAUUCUCUGCA